AUGAUCCGCCAGGGACUGCUGCUGCUCCUGCUGGUCCUGGGUGGAGGGAGUACGGACUCAUCCAGAACGCCACACGGGGCGGCAGCUGACGAGAGCAAUGGGGUGUUUCAGAGAUGCAAGCGCUUGGAACCGGACUCUUCGAGGUGGAACGGAGGAAUGCAAGAUUGUUCCACUUGCUUCCCGGAAUACCACAUCUGGCAACCUUGCCAUCUCACGGCCAGGACAAAGGAAUUCGUCACCCUGCCCUGCACCUUCAACUACACCUGGGAGCCUCAAGAGUCGGCCCAGGUGUAUUGGCGCUUAGGAAACUUCUUUGGAGAGUUCAUCUUCAACCACACCCACAACCCCACCCACAGGUACACCCACCCGAACUACACAGGGCGUGUGUCUCUGGUCGGGGACCUGUCAAAGGGGCUCGAUGCGUCAAUCCAGAUCGCGAAUCUGCAGGAGUCGGACUCCAAUCUAUAUUUCUGCACCGUCUCCGUACAGACACUUCAUGAAGGUGUGAAGUAUUGGCGAAACAUCGAGGGGACAAACCUCACGGUCACAGGUCCUCCACUGCCGGACCCCCCCCCCAGCUUCAACUUCGGCCUUGUAGGUCUGGUGAUUAAGGGAACCCUCGUAGGUGCCCUCCCUCUGGGGCUGCUGGUGUUCCUUGUCUGGAGAAAAGCCUGUGCAAAGAGAACUGCUCCAUCUGUCACAAAGCCAUGAUUGUCGCUCCAAAGAAACCGACCCAUUUCUGCCGGCGUGUGUGAAUAAAUCUCUCAGAAAUCGAUGUCUUGGAUAAACACAAGGUGCCUACAAGGUCUUUUGA